GUGGAGCCCAAAUGCUUUGGACAAACACAGGAGGACCCUGGCUGCUACUGGUGCUGUGCCACGGCAUUGUGGCUGAGCGCAAAUGGGAUUACGAACCCAAAUUCGUGUCCACCCACACCUCGGAUGAGAGCCAACUGAAGAUCGGUGCCAAUAUUGAUCGCUUGAAUCGCGCAGACUUUGCAGUUUCGGCCACCUUCGAUUGGAAUUACGAUGUGGAUGAGACCACAAUGGUGGAGGGCCAUGCUUUCCGCAGCUUUAAUGGGGAUGAGAGCGCCUACAAGCUGAUACCGUUAUCCAUUCCCAGCACCCCCUUCGGCAACUUUAUCGAUACGUACUACAAGGAUGUCUUCCUCACGAACGUGGGCUACUGCUCCAAUCUGCCGCAGUUCAAGGAUAAGUUCCAGCUGCCCUGGCCUAGGGGCCACUACCAUCUGACCAAAUGCGUCUUCAGUGGCCAGGGACUGCCGGAGGUUCUGCCGUUGGGCUACUACAAGAUUUUCUUUAAAAUCACUGGCGACAAUCAGCCCACGUGGGGCUUCACCGUCAUUCUGCAUAUAAAGGCAAAGAUGUUUUAGCUGCCACACUAAAGUCAGCUGACUACUGCAUUUGGAUAUGGAAAAUAUAUAA